AUGCGGCAACGAGUCACCUUUCUCCAGGGGCCCAGCGCGGACAUCGAUCCUGCGACGCUGCAGAUCGAAGAAGCCGGCCUUUUGGUCCCGUCCGCAGAAUCAAUUCGCCAGGACCGAUUGUCCCUCUCCCUGGAUGAACUGCCGCCGGACUUCGCGACCCUACUGACGGCCUUCGAUGAGCUGCAUCUGAAAUGGGCCAGUCCCGUCGCAUAUGAUACUCUCGACCCAUUUGGCUCAAGGAUAUCGCCGGGCCUUCAUGUCACAUACGUCGCGGAUAAACAAGAUGGGGAUAAAGACGAAGCUGUGCUUUGCUCUACAAGCAUUCGGGCCGUUGGACUGCACGAAGCCUUCGUCGUCGCGGCAAGUGAAUCUGGGACGAAAAAGAAUGCCUUUUAUUUUUACCAGGAGCUGAACGAUCUAUCUGCCUUCGUUGGGUCCAGCAUUGGGACAAUAUGCCCAUCGUCAGACGCCAUGUGCGAGUCUCGGCUUCGCAACUUGCGCACGGCUGCGAGUCUCGACAUGUCGUAUGACUCUGGCUCGCAGACGUUCAUAGCGACGCCAUUCUGGCCCCUCAGACAGCGUGCGAUUGCAGUGCCGAGCUCAUCGGGGAGAACAGAAGUAGGAAUCUUCGCCCAGGACACUCCAGUCAAGGCCGAGCUGCACGAACUUGGAGUAGCAGGCCUGCUCAGCGUUCUGGGCGAGAAAAAGGAGCCGUCGCCUACCGUCUUCUCGUUUCCCUCCCGCCACAGAACAAGUGACUCUCAUUUCAGCUGCGAGUUUCUGAAACCCGCAGGUCUGCAUCCGACAUUGCAGCUCAAGCUCAGCUCCGCCAAGCCACCCCUUGACGAUGCAGGUUGUGCUCCUCACGCUUUCGUCACCCUACCCAAGACCAUCUUCGCCGAUCGGUAUCAGUACGAAGAUAGCCUCUUUCUAGCCUCGAAGAACCUGACGGCCUCUCGCUACACGAGCUUGCCCGUGGAUCUGGAGGCGCCCGCGUAUACCACGACGACCUGGGGCUCCAGAUUCCUCCUCGAGUUGGCGCCACCUGCCUCGGGUCAGGCUGAGGAGUGGACGGUCGAGGUCCCGCUCCACCUUCGCUACCUCAAGCCCUCUGCGAGCGGGAGCGUCCCGAUCGAAGUUCCAUACCCGGCUGUGUUCUGGGCAUGUGACACCGCGGGUGAAGUGGACUUUUCGACCAACCCCUUUGACCGCCGUCAACUAGGAUACGAUGGGUUGUUCGAUUCUCAGACAAGCUUUUGGCACGUCGCGCCGAAGCCCGUCAUUGGCAAUCGCAUUACGAGCGCCAUAUUUGUCCCCGUGCUCAAGGACGAGGGUGCGGCGUGGAUUCGGCUGGGGACAACAGUUGCCGUCGGCCUUGGGUUUGCGUGGGUGCUCUGGAAGUUGCUUGGUGUUUACAGGGUCUCAGGCUACGGCAACCCGGAUGAAACGGCGCGCAAGGACAAGAAGACCAGGUGA